AUGCCAGAUGGUGAGUCGUUCGUUCCGUUGAACCCUUUGCCUUCCCACUCCGGGUCAUCUGAAGACAUGCACCCAGCCGGGGGAUCUCGCGCGGCGUUGAAGCGUUCGGGGGGUGAAGAGAACCCAGCGGCUGGCGCGAAACGCCAGCGCCUUGACGAAGACUUGAAGACAGAGGACCAACCUGCCACAGGGGUUGCCAGCAUGCAGUGCAACGAUACGGAACAGCUCUGCGAUGAGGCCCGAGAGUGUCUAUCACAGCUUUCGAAGCAGGACAUGGCCGACAUCAUCCAUGGACUCGUUUAUACAAAGAAUCCAAUAGUUCUCUCCGCUUUGAACUCCGAAGUCCUGAAAAUCAAAAAGGCCGAAGAAUCAAUGACACACAGCUUCAACGACAUUUACGAGCAAACAGAGAAGUUCCUCCAUGAGGUCGAUGCUAUCAACUUCGUACUUGAAGAACAACAGCUCGUUGGAACAGAGCAGUUGUAUGGGGACAAGUCGUGGAUGCAACGGUUGGAGGCACUAGUGGAGCGAGCCGAUGAAGUACACUGCUUCAGAAACUUCAGGACCAUGUUCGCCACCUACGAUGGCGCCAGGAAGAAGAGAGAAGAAACCCAGCUGCGCGACCGCUUCAAGAAGAUGAGAGAGCAACUGGACGAAGCCAGCGAGGGCCCGGAGGAUAAGACAGCGCGCAACAAGAAGCUAGCCGAGCUGGCGAGGGAGUGGGCAGAGGAGCUCGAGAACGGCGUCUGA